GAGAGAGAGAGAGAGCGCCAUCUGGGUGCGCGAUUCGUAUUUUUCAAGAUCUUUGGCUCGUGGAAGCGACAGAGCGCGAGCGAGAGAGAGAGAGAGUGAGUGAGAGAGUUUUGUUCACUUUCAUCCUCCGAUUGGCUGGCAGCAGGACCGCGUGCUGCUCUGCUCUCCUCUCUCAGUGUUUCACCGCAUGGAUUUCUGAGCUCUCUCGUUUCCUCUCCUGGAGGUGUCUCUCCGUCUCGGUUCACAUGGGACUUGUCCUUCCAGGUUGUUUCUGGAACAAAAGCCUCUCUUCGUGCCUCAUGCUCGGCGCCAGGGCUUCGUAGCUGAGGGCUCUUCGCCAUGGCCGAGCCGGGAGCAGUUUCCGACGCUUUGGCGGCUCCGCUGCUCGAGUUUACCGCCGAGGCUGCGUCUCCUGGCCGGGAUGCGGCUCGCCGGGGCUGCCAGGGCCACGGCGCCGAGGGGCUCUUCUCCAACGGCGGCUACAAGGAGCUCAGCAGCCCCGGGGUGGGCAGCCGGAGUCGAGACACGUCCGCCGAGAGGAACCAGCCGAGUGGGAACCCACCCUGUGGGAUUAUGAAGAACAGUUCCAAGCAACGGCAGGUGAGGAAGAAGACGGUCUCAUUCAGUUCUAUGCCGAGUGACCGCAAGAUGAACAGCACUGCUGCCUGCAUGGCCUUCAUGUUGGAGGGAUGCGAGAUGAAGAAAGUUCGCUCCAAUUCCCGCAUGUACAACCGAUACUUCCUGCUGGACCCAGACCUGCGCUGGCUCCGCUGGGAGCCAUCAAAAAAGGACUCCGAAAAGGCGAAACUGGAGAUCAAGAGCAUUAAAGAAGUGCGACUGGGGAAGAAGACCCCUGUCCUACGCAGCAACGGUCUCUCUGAUCAAUUUCCAGAUGAGUGUGCUUUCUCAAUCAUUUAUGGAGACAAUUAUGAGUCUCUGGAUUUAGUGGCAAGCACAGCAGAUGUGGUCAGCACCUGGGUAAUGGGACUACGCUAUUUGGUGUCGUAUGGGCGACACACAGUUGGUGUGGUUGAACCCAGCCAGUCGAGCGUAAGAACGUCCUGGAUUGGCUCUGUGUUUGAGCUGGCUGACAUCGAGAGGCAGGGACACAUAGACCUGUUCCGUGCCACGCAAAUUAUCAAGGGACUUAAUCCAGGCAUGAGGGAGUCCCGCAUUGAGUUGAAAUUCAAAGAACUUCAGAAGGCCAAAGAUUGCUAUGGCGAGGGCAUCGACUUAGACACGUUUGUAGAGGUGUACUGUGAAUUGUGCACAAGGCCUGAAAUCUUUUUCCUCCUGGUGCAGUUUUCUAGCAACAAGGAGUACCUGGAUUCAAAGGACUUGAUGCUGUUUGUGGAAGUUGAGCAGGGAGUGGAGGGCGUGACGGAGGAGAUGUGCCGUGAAAUUGUGCACAAGUAUGAGCCUUCAGCAGAAGGUCGAGACCGCGGCUACUUGUCUAUCGAUGGUUUCACACACUACCUCCUGUCGUCCGAGUGCCACAUUUUCGAUCCACAGCACAAGCGUGUUUGUCAGGACAUGACACAGCCCCUGUCUCACUACUACAUCAACUCAUCGCACAACGCUUCCCUGCUGGAGGACCACUACUGGGGCUCCUCAGACAUCAGCAGCUACGUCCGUGCCCUGCGCAUGGGCUGCCGUAGCCUGGAGGUAGUUGUGUGGGAUGGCCCCGACUGUGAGCCUGUGGUCUAUGUUGGCAGCUCAGUGGCAUCCCAGCUGGCCUUUUCCAAAGUCCUCGACGUCAUAAACCAGUAUGCCUUUGAGAGCUCUGAGUAUCCUCUGAUCCUGUGCCUGGUGACGCACUGCAGUGUCCCACAACAAAGGGUCAUGGCCCAGCAUAUGAAGAAAAUCUUGGGGGACAAACUCCACACAGAACCUCCGAGUCUGGAUGAACACUACCUGCCCUCACCUGAGAAGCUGAAAGGUAAGGUCCUUCUGAAAGGGAAGCGCCUCCCACCUGACACCCAGGAUUCUGAGGGAGAGGUGACUGACGAGGAGGAGGGGCUUGAGAUGUCACGGCGUAUGGUCGGCGCGGAUGAGAAGGACCAGCUCAACGGCAUUGGCUGUAAGAGGCUGCGACUUUGCAAGGAACUGUCCGACCUUGUUACCCUUUGCAAAUCUGUUCAGUUUCGAGACUUUGAGUCAUCCAAGAGGGAACAGAAGUACUGGGAAAUAUGUUCUUUCAACGAGGUGGAUGCUAACCGCUUUGCUAAUGAGUUCCCUGAGGACUUUGUCUGCUAUAACAAGCGAUUUCUGUCACGGGUAUUCCCAACACCCAUGCGCAUUGAUGCCAGCAAUAUGAACCCACAAGACUUUUGGAAAUGCGGUUGUCAAAUCGUGGCCAUGAAUUACCAGACCCCCGGCUUGAUGAUGGACCUUAAUCUGGGCUGGUUCAGGCAAAAUGGCAACUGCGGAUAUGUUCUCCGCCCUGCUAUAAUGCGUGAGGAGGUCUCAUACUUCAGUGCCAACGCUCGUGACUCAUUACCUGGAGUGUCAGCCCAGCUCCUCCACAUCAAGGUGAUCAGUGGCCAAAACCUGCCAAAACCUCGAGGCUCAGCAGCAAAAGGUGAUGUGGUUGAGCCAUACAUCUAUGUGGAGAUUCAUGGGAUCCCUGCAGAUUGUGCUGAGCAGCGCACAAAGACUGUAUCGCAAAACGGUGACAAUCCCAUCUUUGAUGAGAGCUUUGAGUUCCAGAUCAAUCUCCCUGAACUGGCAGUUUUGCGUUUCGUAGUCCUUGAUGAUGACUACAUUGGUGAUGAAUUCAUUGGCCAGUACACAAUUCCCUUUGAGUGCCUGCAGCCAGGUUACCGGCAUGUACCAUUGCAGUCACUUACAGGAGAGUUCUUGCCCAACACCACGCUAUUUGUUCACGUGGCCAUUACGAAUAGGCGUGGUGGUGGCAAAGCUCACAAGAGGGGUCUUUCUGUGAGGAAAGGCCGCAAGGCUAGGGAGUACACUUCGACCAAGACCACUGGGAUCAAAGUAGUGGAUGAACUCUUCAGGGCUUCCACACAGCCACUAAGAGAGGCAACGGAUUUGCGGGAAAAUGUGCAGAACGCCAUGGUGUCGUUUAAGGAGCUGUGUGGUCUGACCCCAGCGGCCAACAUGAAGCAGUGUAUCCUGACCGUGUCAUCGUGGCUGCUGAACAGCGAGCGCUCUCUGCGGGUUACAGUGGAUCUGAGUGAGGCCUAUCCCACCAUGGAGGCACAAGGUCCUGUCCCAGAGCUGCUGCGCAAAGUCCUCACUGCCUAUGACACGAUGAUCCAGACGAGUCGCACUUUGAUUGAAUCAGCAGACAGUGUUUACUGCAAACUCACACAAGCACAACGAGCAGGGUUGGACUUUCAUGAGGACCUGCACCGCAUCGGAGCUAAAGAGGGGCUAAAGGGCCGAAAGCUGCAGAAAGCCAUGGAGAGUUACGCCUGGAACAUUACUGUUCUCAAGGGUCAGGCGGACUUGCUGAAGCAUGCUAAAGGCGAGGCAGUGGACACUCUGAGGCAGAUCCAAUGUGCGGCUCACUCGUGCGGCCUGGCCAAGAAUGGAGCAUCCACCUCCCCUGCCUCGCCCCUGCUCCCUCCCCACCCGCGACCCCAUGGCCCCCUGGACACCAUCCCAGAGACAGAGCCGCCGGACACGGAGCCCAGCACACCACACUGACACACACACACACACACACACACACACACACACACACACACACAGAGGGAGGAAUAACUGAUCUCAGGAAGGUUCAAAGCAGUAGUUUUGGGAAAGAGAGAAUGAAAUGAGAAAAGACUGAAAAAGCAGGAGGAGGAGAUUUAACCCCUUAGAAGCCGAGUUAUUAGUGUUGAAAUGUAAUUAACGUAAUUACAUCAUUCAUUACAAUAAAAUCUUCUACCGCGAACACAAAUGUGGUAUUGAUUGAAAGUUCAGAAUCGGCACUUCCCACAGUUUUCAGUGAGCUAUGAGAGAAAUAGUUCAUAUAAAAUUACACAGUGCUUUGUUAUCGCUGGCGAUAACUGCGACUUCUAAGGUUAAAGGACUCCACUGGUCUGCACAGCUCUGAACUGUGAGCUACCUAUAGUGAGAAGAUGGUGAAGGCUGCAUUAGGCUACUGUACAAAUUCUGGCCCAAACCCCAGACACAGAGAAUGUUUCCCAAAACGCAUUCAGAUUUGCUUCCACUGCCCAAGUCCCAGUGUACAAGUACAGAUAAAAUUCAAAAGAUCCAUGAAUGUUCUUGGUUCACCUCAGAAUAUAGAUUAUGCAUUUGUUGGUGACUUGCCAACGGGAAUGAACUGCAAGCCAUAAUUUAUAAUAUCAUAUAUCAUAUAUCAUCAUUUAUUGCAACAGCAUCGUGGUCAUGAAGGAUGCUAUUCAGACCCACAACUGUGUUCAGAUUCUCUAAUUUUAGGUAUAUGUUGCACCUAAAUCUGCUUUUUGGAAAAAAAAAAAACAAACAAAAAUCAUAUUUUUCAUAGAAAAACACAUUUGAGAAUAAACAGUCCCAUCAGACUGCAUUUGUAUAAUGUACAAAAGUGUUUCGUUUUACAUUUCUGCUGCUAAAUGUUCUCCAUUCUCAUUCUCCAUUUACAUGUUCUUGCAAGUUUGUUCUUGUUAGAUAAUUCGCCAAGAACAAUCUUCCCAAGGAUGUCCAUUCUUCACAUUCUUGUUUUUGGGAAACACGCUGCUACAUUGUUAUCUAACACAUUUGCCCAGUUUAACCCUAAAACCCUAAACCUAACCUUUAACUAUGAUCUGCAUCUACAUCUUGGGUUAUAAUAAAUAAAAAAAAAAAUAUUCUGAAAACUAAAACAAGCAGUGAAAAAAUGUUAAAUAAAACCACUAUUUAACUGUAAUUUUUAAAAGAAUAUAAAUUAUAAUGUCCACUGCAAAGCAAACUAAAGUUACAGAGAGAAAAUAUUUAAAGGGCUUAUACAAGUGGGACACAAAAGCAGUCCUAAUUCAUUUUUAAAUGACCAUUUUAACCUCUCUUCAUCCCUUACAAUUAUUUAAAUAAGCUGUCACAGAGGUCUUAAAGAGUUCAUGCCUCGGCAGGUUGGAGCUGUUUGUGCAGCACGCAGAGGACCAACAGCAUAUUAGGCAAGUGGUUAUUAAUGUUUUAGCUCAUUGGUGUAUGCACAGUCCAGGCUGAGGUGAAUAUGUAAAUAUGUUUUCAAGACAUCACAAAAACAGUAAAUUCAAAAUAGGCUCUUUUUUGCAGUUUAGUUCUAUAUACGUACAUACAUACACAUACA